CAUUUUGGGAAUUCCCUCUUUUGUCUCUUUUGAGCGAGAUGUUUUUAAACACUCUUUAAAUGGUUAUUAAUAAUAACUAUUGUUCAAUAAUUCACUGGUCAGAGAUAUCAUAUCGGAAUUAUUGUACUAAAAUCAAUAUAAUUAAAUCAUAUAUAGAAAAAUAGUAAAAUAUAUAUGUCACGUGACUUCAUUUUGGGGAAGCCGAAAAUGGAGGAUGAACUUUUGAAAGAAAAAGUUUUGAAAUAUGAACAUUUUCUCAAUGAAACGCUGCGUACCGACUUAAAGACAAUUCUGGAUAGAAGAGAUCAAGUAUACAGUGAAACUGCAGAAUAUCUACAGCUGAAGUCAAUAAUAGAACGUCUUCGACAAGAUACUCCAUCUACACAAAAGAAUUUAAAAACAAAGAUAGAUCUAGGCUGCAAUUUCUACUGUCAGGCAAAUGUACCAGAUGCCUCUAUGAUCACAGUGUGUAUUGGUCAUGGUUUCUAUGUAGAGUUCACCUUGGAUGAAGCUAUCAAAUUCAUAGAUAAGAAGACAAACCAGCUGACAGAGAAGAGUGAUGUUCUAACGAAAGAUGCUGCGAAAGUUAAAGCACACAUCAAGCUUGUGUUACAGGCCCUGAAAGAGAUUCAAAUGAUCGGUGAUAGCAAAUUUGAACAAACGCGUCAAGGACUUUGGGACUGAAGGCUGCUGAAAAUUCAGAGCAUAGCAAUUGCCAAAAA